AGGAAGUGACUCAAAAAACUGUUCGAGAUGUGGCGAAGACAGGUCCCCGUUGGGUGAGGACUUCGGGAAGGCCCGCCCAGUUUCGGGCUCCCAGCCCUUCUCCGCUGGGCCUGGGGCGCGGGUGAAGCUGGGGCCUGCAGGCACCGAGAGGCGCCCGCUGUACUGAGGCCGAAGCAGGCGGCCAAGGCGGGUAGGCGCGCUCUGCCCCGUGCCCCGGCGGCGGGAGCCGAGCCGGAGGCCCCUGUGCUGAGCGCGGCCGGGGGAAGGGCGCCGGGGGCGGUGGCAGCUGGCGGCUGUGGGCGGGACCCGGCUUGACCCCUGGGCCCCGGGUGGGGCCUUGGCGCUACCUAGAAGAGCGGCGGACGGCGGAGGGAGGGGGAGAGGUGGGAGGGGCUAGAACCUUGGAAAUGGCAGACCAGGGACUCCAGAGGACAUCCCAGUUCAAGCCCUGGUGCGGAUUCAUCUUUAAGAGGCCGUCUUGGACGCGGAGACUGCAGAGAUCCUGAGGAGAGGGACUCUUUUGUCAUCUAUCCACUUCUGGCCUCCAGACCGAGCUGGAGCCCCCACUCUUCCUGCUUAGGGCUGUGGUCAGCCUUUUCCAAAGGCCAGAUGCCCAUCCCCAGUAGGCAGCCUUGUUUGCCCAUGACUUCCUCUCCGGAGAGAAGACCUGGUUCCGGAUAAUCUGACAUUCUCUUCCUACCCCCAGGAUGGACCCAGGGCUGGGUGGCCAAGCAGCCAUGCCCACCUGGGGGGCUGGCUCCCCGUCCCCUGACCGCUUUGCCGUGUCUGCGGAGGCUGAGGACAAGGUGCGGGAGCAGCAACCCUACGUGGAGCGCAUCUUCAGCGUGGGGAUGAGUGUCCUCCCAAAGGACUGUCCUGAAAACCCUCACAUCUGGCUGCAGCUGGAGGGCCCCAAGGAGAACGCCAGCAGAGCCAAGGAGUUCCUGAAGGGUCUCUGCAGCCCAGAGUUGCAGAAUGAAAUCCACUACCCACCCAAACUGCACUGCAUCUUCCUGGGAGCCCAGGGCUUCUUCCUUGAUUGUCUGGUCUGGAGCACAUCAGCCCACCUGGUGCCUGGGCUGCCCGGCUCGCUAAUGGUCAGUGGCCUGACUGAGGCCUUCGUCAUGGCUCAGAGCAGAGUGGAGGAGCUGGUGGAGCGGCUGAGCUGGGACUUUCAGCCAGGGCGAUCCCCCAGAGUCUCUCAGUGUGCUGGAGUGCUGCGAGACUUCUCUGCCCUGCUGCAGCCCUAUGGGGAUGCCCACAGAGAGGCCCUGCUACAGCUGCCCCUGGCUGUCCAGGAGGAACUGUUGAGUCUGGUGCAGGAGGCAUCCAGAGGGCAGGGGCCCCAUGCAAUACCCCCCUGGGUGGGGGGGAGCCCGGGCCCACUGGGUGCUCAGUACCAGGGAGUCAGAGCUCUCUCGAGUGAAGGCAGGGAGUCCCUGCACACUGGACCUACAAGGUGGCAAGAGUCAAGGGGAGAGAGACAUGUUAUGGAGAAGGAGGGAGGGAAGCAGGGUGGUCCCAGGGAGAUGGAUUUGGGGUGGAAGGAGCUGUCUGGGCAAGAGGCCUGGGAGAAAGAAGGGGCCUUCAGAUCACAGCCAGGAGGAGGAGAGGCAGGGCAGGUAGGGCCCCUGACAGGAAAGGGUCUGGGGAAGGAGGGGGUGCCUCAGGACAGAGGACGGUUCUGUGUCCAGAGUGAGCCUCCUGGUGCCCAGGGUUCCUAUCUGAGGGCAGCUCAGCCCCGGGGAGCCUCCCUCCUCCAGCGGUUACACAAUGGGAAGGCCUCACCUCCAAGGGUGCCUAGCCCUCCACCUGCACCCGAACCCCCGUGGCACUGCGGAGACCGAGGAGACAGGGGAGACAAGCAGCAGGUCGUGGCUCGAGGCCGUGGGUCUCCGUGGAAACGAGGUACCCGCGGGGGCAACUUGGUGACUGGCACGCAGCGUUUCCAGGAGGCCCUGCAGGACCCUUUCACCCUGUGCCUUGCCAAUGUGCCUGGCCAGCCAGACCUCCGUCACAUUGUCAUUGAUGGCAGCAAUGUGGCCAUGGUGCAUGGCCUCCAACACUACUUCUCCAGCCGGGGCAUUGCCAUUGCUGUGCAGUACUUCUGGGACCGGGGCCACCGUGACAUAACUGUCUUUGUGCCUCAGUGGCGCUUCAGUAAGGAUGCCAAGGUCAGAGAGGGCCACUUCCUGCAAAAGCUAUACUCCCUCAGCCUGCUCUCUCUCACUCCCUCCCGAGUCAUGGAUGGCAAGAGGAUCUCCUCCUACGAUGAUAGGUUCAUGGUGAAGCUGGCUGAAGAGACCGACGGGGUCAUUGUCUCCAAUGACCAGUUCCGGGACCUGGCGGAGGAGUCUGAGAAGUGGAUGGCGAUCAUCAGGGAGCGCCUACUGCCCUUCACCUUUGUGGGAAACCUCUUCAUGGUUCCUGAUGAUCCAUUGGGGCGAAACGGCCCCACGCUGGAUGAGUUCCUGAAGAAGCCAGUCAGGGCUCAGGGGUCUUCUAAGGCUCAGCAUCCUUCCAGGGCUUUCACAGAACACGGUCAUCAGCAGCAGGGGAGAGAAGAGGAGGAAAAAGGCGGUGGUGGCAUUCGGAAGACUCGGGAGACAGAGCGGCUCCGGCGCCAGCUGCUGGAGGUGUUUUGGGGCCAGGAUCACAAGGUGGACUUCAUCCUGCAGCGGGAGCCAUACUGCCGGGACAUCAACCAGCUCUCGGAGGCCCUACUGAGCCUCAACUUUUGAGUCUCACCUGUCCGAGUGGCUGCUAUACCAUCAGCUCCAGCCUCACCCAGCUCAGCAUUUUCUGUGAGGGUCCUUGUGCUGCUCAGAUCCUGACCUAGACUCACUCUGAGUUGGUGCGACUUGAUCUCAUCUGGAGUCAGGACCUCAAAUAGCUCUCAGGAGGUUCUGCUCAGCCUUAACUUCUCAACCUUGCCAUAGCACAGGGUUUCUGUAGGGAGUGGGGGCUGCUGGGAAGAGUAGGUCCUGGAGAUUGGGACUGCUAGCUCCUCCUUCAAAUUGAGUUGGGGAUGGAGACGGGGGUGGGGAACGAAGAGCAGGUGGCAAGAAAGCUAAGCCUUUCCUUGCCCUGGCUUUGGCAGGUCAGAGGACAGGUUGCUUCCUAGGCCUGGCUGGGAAGGGGGAUGCUGGGCCCUGGGGAGGCUAGUGUUAUGGGGUCUGGGUCACAGUGGGGCAGCAGGGAGCUGGUGAAGGCAGAGGGAGACUUGGCUUCCGGUCUCAGCUAUGCCUGUCUGUGACCUUGAUUGAGCUGCUUGGCCUUUACUUCUGUGUAUAAAUCAGGAGCAAAAAUGCCAGCUGGGAAGAGAAAUGAGAAUGUGGGGGAAAGCUCCUUGGAGGAAAGGUACUUGCAUCAAGUCUCAGGUGUGUCUGUCUGUGGCUGCACAGGCUUCCUAACCAAAACCUCACUGUCAGAGAGCUGAGGAUCCUCAGUCCCCAGGGCCCGUGCCCUAGAUUUUAACACUGCGUCCUCAGUAUAAUGUGCCCUAUCAUGGCUGCGUCCCUUUUGGGCAACCCCCCCAAAUCCACAUUUAUAAAACAGUUAAUUAGGGGUGGCUGUUUGCAUUACCAAAAUACUCUCAGGGUUCCUAUAAAUGGCAGCUCUCCUGUUGCAUUCAAGUGUUUGUUUACAGAUUAACGAAUGUGUCAGAAAGUCCCCGUUGAGAUGCACUUGCUGAAGUGUUGAGUGUUCGCCAAACUGAUGAAGCCAUGCUCUGUCUGCAGUGACAAUGUUAAUGUGAUCUGACCCCAGCAUUUUCUCUACAGAACACAUUUACUGCAUAAAGUGAGGCCCCCUUCUG